AUUAUUGUGAUGGAUUUAUCGGCUGUUUGGACUCUCAUUCUGACGGCACCCAUUCACUGCAGAGGAUUCAUCGGUGAUGCUGAAUAACACCAUAUCUGUUUGAUGAGGAAAUGUACUCAUCUACAUCUUGGAUGGCCUGAUGAUUUCUGAAGACUGUCAGGAUGUUUCGUGGUUUCUUUGUGAAGACGAUUAGCUUUGUCGGUUACACCGUCCAGUAUGGCUGCAUCGCUCACUGCGCCUUUGAGUAUAUCGGCGAAUUUGUGUCGUGUUCAGGACCUUCCAUGCAGCCCACCAUCACUAACCAUGAUGUGGUUUUUUCAGAACGAGUAAGCCGUCACCUCUGUCGAAUACAAAAAGGGGAUAUCAUAAUAGCCAAAAGUCCUUUUGAUCCAAAAAUGAACAUUUGUAAACGAGUGAUUGGCCUGGAAGGGGACAAAGUUUGCACUAGUGGACCAUCUGAUGUCUUUAAAACACACACUUAUGUACCAAGAGGGCAUGUGUGGCUGGAAGGCGAUAACCUUCGGAAUUCCACAGAUUCCCGAAGCUAUGGCCCAGUUCCCUAUGCCCUGAUCCGAGGACGCGUUUGCUUAAAGCUGUGGCCCCCACAUAAUUUUGGCGUAUUGGCUGAAAGUCCAAAUGAUGGGCGCAUUUUAUGAAGAAGCUGUGUUCAUGUAUAGUCGCAAUGUAAAAGAUUUUUUUGCAAUGUUGUAAAAUAAAUUUACAUUUAUAA